UACCGCUCGUUCCAGAACUUCUUCAUCCGGCAGCACAAGCAGGGGUCGAGGCUGAUCGCGGCGGAGGGCGACGACACCGCGGCGGAGGGCAACGACACCGCAGCGGAGGGCAACGACACCGUGGCAGCGGACACGAGGGUGGUGGGCUUCGAGUCCGUAUCGGAGACGACGAGGCUGUGGAUCAAGGGGAAAGACUUCACCAUCGGCAACCUCAUCACUGACAAUGUCGCGGCGCGGAUAUGGGACGACGGUGCUGUUGUGAGCUAUCGGCUCAGCCCCCAAGAAUACCACCGCUACCAUUGUGCCGUUAGUGGCACCGUCCGGUGUGACUACUACAGCGUCGACCCCGUCGCCCUGAGGAGUGCCUUCAAUGUGCUCCGCCCGAACGCGCGCUGCACCGCCGGGUGCGUCGACUCACCGAGUUCGGUGCCGUCCUCUUCGUCGCGACCGGCGCCCAGGAGGUCGGUACGGUCAAGUUUGACGAGUCGAUC